AUGGUAGGAGGAUAUUUACGUAUGCCUCGUGAUAACACAAGAAGCAGUCAUUUAACUGAUGUUGAAGAAGAGAGUUCAGCAGGGAGUGCCACCAAAAGGUGUAAACUUGAGGGGGGGAGCUGCGAUGGUGAUUCAAAUAUGGCCAUUACCAGUGAUGGCGUUGAUGUCAACGUUGCUGAUGGCUUGACUCUCAUCCAAUCAUACAUUUUAUCUCCGACAAGCUCACGUUCUUUUUGGCAUACGGGUGUUGCCGCUGUUUCCAGUAGUCGAGCAGGGGAAAAUGACACGCCUCCAAAUAAUAGGGGGAAUAUGUUGGGUCCUCUUUCUGCAGUGGGUGCCAAUAAUAACCUUCUGCCGAUGGUUCCAUCGGAGGAAGAGAAUAGUGACGCCCCUCCUGAUUGCGCCAGGAGUGCAUGUAGUGGAAGCUUAUGUGAGGGUGAUGGGAAUGAAGGUGUUGCAAGUGUGUCAGGUGGCGCAGUGCCGUCAUCUGUGAACCUUUCAUCUUCCUCUUCUUUAAAAGAGUGUACAUCCGUAUGUGUUGUUGAUCACGCCGUCAUGUGCAAUAUUGUUCCACUGCUGCCUAAGAAACAUCCGGAGUAUGGGUUGGUCUUACAGAUAGUGCCGCUGACACUGUGGCCACCACCCAAGGCUGAAGUUUCAGGUAUCGGUUCUGAGGGAGGUGAUUUAGGAAAGAGCUUGCAAACCACUGUUUCGUUUGCUUCGCAAUUGCACAACGAUUACUUAUUGAGGUCAGAUGUAACAGUCCUCCAUCCACCCACUGACGCAGCUCAAGGUGUGAUUGUGGAGUGGGUUUCCGGGGACAUUGGAUAUACAGCAGACUCAAAGGGAUUAUGGGCAGAACAGCGUCUCUUUAGUCAGCGAUAUUACACCAUGUCCCCUGUCGAACGGUUGGAUAUUCGACAUAACGGUUGUAGUGACAACAACUAUGGCAAAGAUGACGCUGAAGUGCGAUACACCGCACCACAUCUCCCGCCAACUACACUGAGGGGCGCAGUACUGGAGCAACUUCGUCGUUUCCGUGUCAACCCCCGUUACGCUCCGACAUCUCUAACGAAUGGUACGAGGAAUAAGGAGUGGGUGCUUCUCUUCGCCCGUGUGAUUGAGGUUGGGCAAGACUGCAUUGCUCUUACAAGCCGUCUGAUGAGAGCGUGGACGACUGCACCUUCGAGGGAGACUAUUGCAAUGUGUGAUGUGUUGCUCGAUGAAGUUAUUCACAUCGGUAUCGCGCCGCAGCAGGAGCCACAUCGUCUUUCCCUCGUGUGCCCGUCUGUCGCACAUCGCAUUUUAGUCAGUCAGCACCGAUGGAUGAAUGUCGACAAACGCACGGAGCUUUCGGUAGCAGGAUCAAUGCAGGUGGUAGCAAGAGAGUUGCUAGAGGUGAUCCUGCAAGCCAUGCGUGGGACGCUGCGGCAUCGCAUUGCGCUGCAGUACGAACUGAUACGACUUCUGCGGGCUAAGCCGUUAAUGUUUGCCAAUAACGAACUCGUUGUGCAAUACAGCCGCUGGUACACCACCAUUGCGCCACCUAAUGUCAUUCUACACGUGCUGGCGGGGAGCACAAUCUUUAGUGGUGUGAUGUCGCAACUGCAUAUUGUCUCAGGACGCGUUAUGGCAAGAUCUCAAGUGGAGCGGGUCUGUGGGAAUGGUGGGGAUGCUGCGUUGCAACACCACUGUGGCGGAUCACUUCUGGAUGAUGACAUGGAGGACAAUGAUGUCAGUGAGGACCCUCCUGCCAGUGAUAACGAGCCUUCCAGGAAACGCGGGCGACCCCGUGAUGAGGUUAAGAACAGAUAUGCUCCUGCUAACGGAGCCAACCACGAUGGUAGUGAUGACAACCAUGAUGAUAAUGAUAAUGAUAGUGAUAGUGAUGAUAAUGAUGAUAAUGAUGAUGAUAGUGAUAGUGAUGAUGGUGAAGAGGGCGAUGAAUGCAGCGGUGAAGAGGAGGAGGGGACCGGGGACACUGAGAGUACCAAUAUUAUCAGUGAUAACCAAAACUAUCAGAGGCAUGAUGUCUCGGCGUGGCUGAGGGCGAUAUCUGACAGUGCCGAUAAUAUACCUCUCGUGGAUUUGGUGUCAGUUCCAUAUGAGAUGGAUCUGCUCGAUGAAGGUUUUGUUACCCGCUUCUGUGCUAUUCUUAGAGGACAAGAUCCCACCAACAAUAAAGGUGGCGGUAGUUCUCAUGGUGUUGGUGGAAGUGGGAGUGGCAGUGGCGCUGCCGGUUCCAGCCCCUCUGGGCACACCGGCUGCGAUGAAGUGGCAUUGUCUUGCGUGGCGUCAUGGUUGAAACGCACGCGGUGCACAAUGACCACAGCAGAUUUGGAAUCUUAUGUGCGGAAACUAAGCCGAUAA